AUGAUGAGUUCGAAUAAAGCCCGUCGCUAUUUACAACAUCAUAAACAAUAUUCAAUGGAAUCACAAAAUAAUCAUCAAUCAACUAAUUAUUUAUUAGUUGAUGAAUUAUCAUCACCAUCACCACCGUCAGCUACUACAUCACGGAAAUUCUUUGGUAAAUCUCAACAAUCAUCAAUAUUACCUAUACCUCAAAUUUGUGUCAAUAACAAUGAUGAUGAUGACGAUGACAAUGGACAUGUUAAUAUCCUUAAUGAAUUUGAUCAAGUGUUAGACAAUGAAUCUAAACGUACAUCCGUUUUACGUAAAUUAUCACUUAAACAAAAUGAUUCAAUUGAUUAUAUCGGUAUACCAAUAAAUCAACAACGAAGUUUUUCAUUUUCACUUGGUUCAAAACCAAAUUUAGCAACAGAAAAACAAGAUGAUAUUGAUGUUGAUGAACAUACUAAUCCAUUACCAUUUAAAACAAUGAAACUAUCGGCAACAUCGAAGUCAACCUUGUCAAAAGAGACAUUUUCACGUCUAUUUCAUUCAUUAACAUUUCGCUCUGGGAAUCAUUCAACGUCAAAAUUAACCGUAGCAAAAACGGAUUCAGAACAUCUUUGUCUAACAUGUCAAAAUCAUUCAAAUCUUGAUAUAAUACCUAAACAUAAAAAACGUCCAUCAAUAUUUGGUGUUUUUGCAUCAAAACUUAAUACACCACCCACGGAAAAUUCAUCGAAUCGAUGUUCAUCAUGUAAAAAAUCUUUAUCAAAAUCAAUUUCAAAUAAUAAUGAUGAUAAUCAACAGUUAUCACCAUCAAAAACUCUUCGUGAUCAAAAACAAUUAUUUUUACAUAUUAAAAGACGUCAAAGUCUUCCAUCAUUAUUUCAUAAUCUUUUGGAGUCAUCAUCUUCGACAGUGUUUAAUCAAAAUGUUAUUGAUAAUAUCAAUCACGAACAGCAACAACAUCAACUACAAUCUUCAAUAUUAUCACAUUCAACAACUUCAUUAACUGAAUCAGAUGAUAAUAAUGAUAAUAAUUCAUUGAAACGACAACGUAUCAAUUAUGAUGAUUCAUCUCAACUAACUGAAAAGUGUGGAAAUAAAGAUGAAAAUGACAAUGAAAUUAUUCUUGACAAUGGCGAAUCACAUGAUUUAAACAAUAUGAAUAGUAACGAUUUAACAACUGAAAAUAACAAUACUAAUCAACAAUUUUUACAUCCUCCUGAACAUAAAACUCGAAGCUUAUUAACUAAUGUUUUUCGUACACGACGAUCAAAUCUUACAUUAGAUUCAAAUGAACCUAAUAUGGUUGGUAAACAAUUUAGUGUUUCAGUUCUUAAUCUCGCAACAUCAAGAAGUUCAAGUCGACGAAAUAGUGCAAUAGCAACAAUUAAUGAAUUAACACUUGAUCAACGAAAACAUGCAUUAUCAGAAGAAAAUUUACCAUCGAUGGAUAAUACAUACAUUUAUUUUACUGAUAUUAAUGGACAAAAUUUUAAAGAAAAACUCAAAUAUUCAACUACAUCUGAAAAUACAACAUUGAGAGAAAUGUUGGUAAAACUCUUUGAAAAACAUAAUCUAUCAAUUGAAACAUAUAAUAUUUGUUUACGAAGCGCACCUACACUACCAUUGUCCUUGGAUCAACCAGUCAAACAUGUUCUCCUGAACGAUCUUGUUGUUACAGAUAAACCAAAAAAAAAAAGAAGUCGAAAAAAAAAUAUAUCAUUUGAUUAG